CAGCGUGAGCUACUCAGAGAGCGAACUAGAUGCAAGGCUCUGGAAGAAGAACUUGAAAACCCAAUGAACAUUCACAGAUGGAGGAAACUCGAGGUACGGCAAUACCCUUUUGCUGCACUAUUGAAUUCCUUGAGAAAACCUGUGCUAAUUUCUUCUAUUUCUACUUGUAGGGAAGCGACCCCAGCACGUACGAAAUGAUCCAGAAGAUUCAGACCUUACAAAGACGAUUAAUACAAAAGACGGAAGAGGUUAGUUUACAUCGCUUUGUCUUGCGCGCGCGAAUUGUCUCAUAACACGCGCGUGCUUAAAUUUUCUGACGUCAUAAUAAGAAGACGUUCGCAUCUUACGCACAAGAGCCAGAAAAUGAAGUCUUACAUUCUCGCUAAGGAUUGAUACCUUUGUUGUGUUUUCUACCCUGGCAGUGAUUUUGAUGCUUCUCUUUAAAAUCCGCUGAGCGUGAAACGUUUGUAAAAGAAUUAGAGUUCUCUCAGGGGGCGACCACUCAACUGUGGAAGGCAGCCGUGGCCGGGAUAUUUCAGAAACAAACACCUUAGAAUUACAUUACGUUGGUAGUCGUGGAGAUAGUGCCUUGCCCAAAGUGCAUCACCCAUUCCCCUCUUAAAAAAAUGAGUGAUCAGCCCCGCCCUAAGGAGUCACAUUCAGUUGGGUAUGAUGUGUCUCUAAAAGUAGUGAAGUUCGUUUGAAAGUGAGAAAUCGUUUGCAUUAGUUUAUCUUGUACUAUUUAGUCAUUUGCCGAAUUAUUUGGACUUAUAUAUCAUUUUUUUGUUAGGUCGUGGAAAAAGAGCUCCUUAUCCAAGAAAAAGAAAAACUUUACAUGGAACUUAAACAGAUACUCGCUCGACAGCCAGGUCCGGAGGUCGCUGAACAACUCAGUAUUUAUCAACAAACACUCAAAGAAAAAACCAAACAAAUGAAGGGAAUGUCAUCGGAACUGAACAUGUACGAAGCGCAAGUUAAAGAAUACAAGUACGAGAUUGAGAGAUUAGCAAAAGAACUACAAGAGGUCAAGAAAAAGUUUUAUAUGCAGAAAAGAAAAGAGCAGCAAGCAAGGUACACUAUCCACGUCUUACGUAUUUUGUUAACGUAUUAGCACUGUACCAGUUAUUGUAUUCGACUUAGAUUUGCUUCUUUAAGCUUGGGUGUGACCUCGAAUAAAGUUAGUUCACUAAAGAUACAUGGAACAUUCUUGUCUAUAUUGUUUAAAGUCCCUCGUUUUGUUGGGACGAUCGUCGAGAUUUAGAGAGUAUCAGAUCUACCAGGGAGCGGAGCCUGUGGCGGGGAGGGGGAGCUAUAAAACCCGAUGCCCGCACGCCCCGUUUGAAACCAAGUGGCCACCUAUAAGAGCAAGCGCUCUCUAUCUCGACGAUGUUACAGAAAAAUAGGGGUACUGUAGACAGUCUAUCUUGUGUCAUGCAUUCGGAUUUCUCAUAAACGUUCCCCUUUUAUUUCAGGGAGCGAGAUCGCGCUUACCAACAGGCUGCCGGACCUGCAUUCUCUCCUCAAAGAUCAGAUGGACCAAGAUUUACUGGUGGAGGUUUCAAUCUAAAGCCACCUCAAAAAGCUGCCGCUUAA